CUGGGGAAGCCCCUUGGCCCCCAGGGGCACGUUUAUCGGUGCUCUGUGGGUGCUGCUGGCUGGUCGUGGGUGCCCCCACCGAGGUCAGGGGUGCUGGAGGGUGCUGGUUUGGCCACCCUGGGCAUUGGUGGCCAUCAAUGAGUAACAUCCCUGGAGAUGCUGAUCAGAGCACCCCCAGCUCCCAGGGCAGCAGGCUGGGGAUUCGGGGGGAGCAAGUUUGGGGCGUCUCCGACCAGGGCAGUGUUGAUAAACCCGCUGGAGCGACCUGAGGCUGGUGUCUGAGUGUCGGAAACAGAAACCAGCUGGGACCAACCCAGCCGGUCGGACUGCCCCCUCCACCGCUCAGACCAGCAUUCUUGGGAUCCCAAUCAUCUCCAGAGCACCGGGCGUCGAGAGAGGAGCUGGCGGCCGGGCUGGAGAGCCCCGGGGUGGGCUCCAGCACCCCACGUGCCGCCUGUCCAGCUGCUCGCUGCCCUUUUGGCCUCUGCCCAUGGGCAGUGCUGGCUGAAGACGGAAGACGGACAGACUCCCAGGAUUGUGUUUCCUACGCCGGGGGAGCUGGAGGCAGUCUGUGGCACAGAAAAGGGAGGCCCUCCAGGUCACACUCAACGAUGUCACUGUCUGUGCGCCCGCAGCGCCGAGUCCUCGUCACCAAGAUCAAUAGGAGCCAGUCCUUUGCCGGAGUGAACUCAUCGGCCGACCGGCCCUUCAGGAACCUCUCGCCCUUCACCUCCCCCACCGUUUCCCGCAAGACUGGCUCCAGUGUCAGUAGGAUGUUCAUGUCCCACAAAUCCCCACCACCCAAGGUGCCUCAGCCCAACCGCCUGGACGAGGUGUAUGAAGCUCUCAAGAAAGGCCUGACGAAAGCCUACCUUGAGGUGCACCAGCUGGAACUGGAGAAGCUCAGCACCCCUCGUGAGUCCAAGAGGAAUUCACGCCUGGGCUUUCUCUACGAUCUGGAUAAGCAAGUCAAGUCCAUUGAGCGCUUCCUGCGUCGCCUGGAGUUUCAUGCCAGCAAGAUAGAUGAGCUGUAUGAGGCUUAUUGCAUCCAGCGGCGGCUCCGGGAUGGAGCCCACAACAUGGUCAAGGCUUACAGCACGGCUCACCGGGCCAGCCGGGAGGCACGGGAGAGCCUGGCCGAGGCCAGCAAGGGCUACAAGGAGUACACAGAGAACAUGUGUCUGUUGGAGAAUGAUCUGGAGAGCCAGCUGGGCGAGUUCCAUGUCCGGAUGAAAGGACUGGCAGGCUUUGCCCGGCUUUGUGCUGGUGACCAGUAUGAGAUCUUCAUGAAGUACGGACGGCAGCGGUGGAAGCUGCGGGGGCGCAUUGAGGUGAACAGCAAGCAGGUGUGGGACAGCGAGGAAAUGGUUUUCUUGCCCCUCAUCACCGAGUUCCUCUCCAUCAAGGUGACAGAGCUAAAGAGCCUGGCCAACCAUGUGGUGGUGGGCAAUGUGUCCUGCGAGACCAAGGACCUCUUUGCGGCUCUGCCCCAGGUAGUGGCUGUGGAUAUCAAUGACCUGGGCACCCUCAAACUCAGCCUGGAGGUGACCUGGAACCCCUUCGACAAGGAUGACCAGCCCUCAGCAGCCAGCACCGUCAACAAGGCACCCACAGUGAACAAGAGGUUCUCCACCUACAACCAGAGUCCGCCUGACACGCCGUCUCUUCGGGAACAGGCGUUCUAUAGCCCGGAGCGGGCGGCCGACAAGCGCGGUUGGUCCUUGCUGGACAUCUUUCGGGAGACACUCUUCGAGAAGCUCUCUCAGAGCUGCUCCUGUGGCGAUGUCUCCUCGGCCGAGCUCGGGAGACAGCAGGGCCGCAACAUGCUGCGGCGCCAGGAGGAGCUGGAGAAUGGCACAGCCUGGUCCAUCUCCUCCGAGUCCUCGGACGACUCCUCCAGUCCCCAGCUGUCCGGCAGCACCCGCCACGCCGCCCACAAGCCCAUCGUGCAGCCUGAGGUGCAGGCCUCCGCCCCGGCCAUCGAGAUCUCCUUCUCCCAGCAACCAGACGAGGCCGAGACUGGCCUUGGGACCAGUGGCAGCAGCGUCUCCCCUUCCGGGAGCCAGCCAGAGGAGUCGGGCAGCCGUAAGAAGGAUACAGUGGCCAACGGGCACGUGCCCUACUCCCGGACUCUGAGCCACAUCAGCGAGGCCAGCGUGGACGCCACAAUGGAGGCCAAGGCUGUGGAGAGCCCCUGGGAGCCCAUGCCCAGCCCAGAGGACACAGGGACGGGCGAGCAAGAUGCAGACUCUCUCCCUGGUGCCGAGGUGGCAGCGGCUGUGGCAGGGCAGGACAGGGACGCUGAGGCCAAGCCCCGAGCCUCUGCGGCGUGGGCCACCUCCUGCGAGGUGGAGGCUGGCAGAGCCGAGCCAGUGCAGAGCCAGGCGCCAGCACAGAGUGGCUGUGACACGAUCCCUGCGGCGCUGGCACAAGCCUCUGUGGAGGAGAGGCCUGUCCCCACCCCACCGCUGCCUGCCAGUGCCCCCGAGGUGCCACGGGGGAAGGUGGUGGAUUCAGGGCUGGAGGAGGCAAUCAGCCUUCUGGGCUCAGCCCUGGAGGACUAUCGGGGGCAGUUCCCAGAGCUGCAGCCCCUUGAACGGGAGCUCAAGCGUCUGGAGGAGAUGCUGCUGCAGAAGCAGGGUGUCUUCCUCAGCCGGGCUUCCAGCAUCAGCCUGACAGUGGAGCACGCACUGGAGAGCUUCAGCUUCCUCAACACCUCUGACAUGGAGGAUUCAGAGGGCUCUGAGGAGGAGCCUCUCCAAGAUGAGAGGAAGGCUGGCAGACCCCUGCGCAGCACCCGGGCCCCCAGCGCCGGCGAGAUGGGGGCAGAUGACACUGGAAUGUGCAGCGGCUCUGAGGCCAGCACCGACCCCAUGAGCACUGGCAACGAGUUCCUGGAUAAGGCUCUGGUGCUUCACCUCAAUAACUGCAACUGCCUGCUGCUGAAGCUGGGCACCUUCGGUCCCCUGCGGUGCCAGGAGAUGUAUGCCCUGGACCGGCUGCUGCGGGAGUCUCAGGUGCUGGAGAUCGUGUGCCAGCUGACGGAGGAGCGCGCGGGAGCAGCCAGCUCGGCCGCCGACGUGGUGCAGUUCUCGACGCGGAAGGAGGGCGUGCUGCCUCUCUGGGACCUUUGUGUAGAGGUGCCCAACGUCUACACCUGCUCCGUGGAGCGGUUCCUGCAGGUGCUCAGUGCCCAGUAUGCAGCGGCCAUCAGUGAGCAGCACCCUGGUUUGGCUGAUGCUGUGUGUGUGAAACUGGUGGAGGACGUGCUGAACCGGCGGCUGCCCCGGCGGCCUGGGAGUGCCCAGAGCGAGCAGGUCACCAUCUUCCAGUACUGGAGCCACUUUGAGUCGCUCGGCACCCUGGUGCUUGACACCUACAUGAUGGAGCUGGCAGAGGAAGCACUGCUGGCCCAGAACCUCAACUCCGACGACCAGGACGUGGUGCUGCGUGCCCUGAAGCGUGUGCCCGAGGCCCGCCUGAAGAAGGAGGGACUGAAGGCGCUGAGCCUGCUCCUCGUGGAGGGCAACAGCAAGGUGGUGAGCGCCGUGUCAGCCCAGCUCCGCAGCCUGGCAGAAAACCCCCGCUUCCGCCAACGGGCCCUCGUGUGCUUCCUGGAGCAGCUGGAGGAUGAGGAGGUGCAGACACGCGUGGCGGGGUGUGCGGCACUGGGCUGCCUGAAGGCCAAGGAGAGUAUUGAGCAGCUGGUUUACCUGUGCCAAACCGACAAAGAGCCCGUACGGGAGGCAGCCAAGCAGAGCCUGAUGCUGUGUGGGGAAGAUGGUAAAUCAGCUCACCGGCGGCUGGAGGAGACCCUGGACAGCCUCCCACGGAUCUUUGCACCAGCCAGCAUGGCCAGUACAGCUUUCUGAGACCCACGCACGCCCACCUGCCAUCCCUGAGGGCACAGGCACCGCCGGGCCGCCCGGGCUUGCACGGACUGGGGACCCGGCAGCUCCCGCUCUCGGCACCACACCGCAGUAUUACCCCCGCCGGCAGCUCGCCACGGCCGCACACUGCCUUACGGAGCACCGCUUCCCCGGCCCCGGCCCCGCGGGGGCCACCUCCAAACCGCUGGGCAGGGGGCUCGCUGCACAUCCCACCCUCUGAUCGCUAUUUAAAAUACCCGCGGAGCCCACCCUUCCUGCCCCCCGGGGCGGCGGGGAGAGGUACUGGAUUUCUCUGCUCCUCUUGCCUUCCUCUUGCUCGAGGGCGCGCGCCCUGUCCCGGAAGGACCUGCACUUUGGAAACUUUGCUGUUUCUUUCCAGGAGUUGCCUGGGCCAUGGGGACUGCUGCCCUCUGCCACCUGGAGUCCCCAGGACUUAAAUAAAAUGAGAUAUAAGAUAUUAAUAUAUUCUGCUGGCGUUUCUUCUUUCCAGCUCCACAUGCUCCUGUCGCUCCCCGGCUGUGGCUGUAGGGAGAGUAGUGAGGUGUGACCCCAGCCCAGAGCCUUUCCUGGUCUGUUGGGAAGUGCCGUGGAGGGCAGGGGCAGGAGGAGCAAUAGAGGGACGGACAGACGGACAGACAGAAGCUGCCACCAUUUUUUUUUGUUUUGUUUUGUUUUGUUUUAUUUUAUUUUUUAUUUACAGAUUUUUGCAGAAAAACAAAAGCAAAAAAUUCUUUUCUAUAAUGUCUCUAUAAAUCUAUAUAUAAUGUAAUUACAGAGAAUGACUAAUUUUGAUUUUAAACCAGAAAUAAAACCAAACGUUUAAUGAGUGUC